UCCGCUUCUGGCGAACUGGACAAGCGUUUGCACCAGCCUGGUGCCAAAAAGUUAAAUAGUUGAUCGAGAAAGGGCCCAGCGGAUGGCCGUGAAACCGCAGCGCGCGAAAAAGAAAAUAGAAAUUCAUCGCGAAUCGUCGCACUCCUGCAAAAAUACUAAUCGAGUCCCGUGAUUCUGAAAGUUGCAAAACAUGACUAACCGGAGAAUGGAUAUUCUUGGAAUUUUCGUACUCAUCAUCAGCUGCUUGGGAUUAUCAAGUGCGUCCGGAGUGCUCUUGGGCGACCUUCAGCAGAACUUGGCUGCCAAUGGAUCGGUUGUGCUGUCCCCUUUGAACACUUCGGAUGCCUUUAGUGUGUCCAUUAACCUAUCCCAAUCGACCGUCAACAAUUGUCCUUCGCUGGCGAAUGCUGAAUCCAUGCCGCAAAUGGAGUUGCUGACGCGUUUAACUGCAGGUUGUCGCUAUGACAGGAUGGUUCCACCCGUCGUGUACAACGAGGAUGGUGAACAGGUCCCCAUGGACAUCUAUGCCCGGUUCUACAUAUAUGUGAUGAAGAACCUGGACUCGAGUGAUCUGCAGUUCUUGGUGCAGGGACUGCUGCAGUUGAGGUACUUGGAUCCGCGACUGGCCUUCUCUAGCUACCUUCCCAAACGGAGGCAGCCAAUAAUGGGGGAAACGGACCUGAAGAAGCUGCUCUGGGUGCCCCAUAUAUUCCUGACCAACGAAGAGGCCUCCACCGUUUUGGGCACCAGCGCCAAGGACGAGCUGACCACCAUAUAUCCGAAUGGCACGGUCUUGACUUCCACCAGGCUGCAGGCCACCCUGUACUGCUGGAUGAACUUCCAGAAGUUUCCGUUCGACGAGCAAAAGUGCACUACGAUCCUGGAAAGUUGGAUGUACAACACCACGCUGGUGCAACUCCACUGGGAGACCAAUAACCCAGUGUCCUUCGACAAACAACUUCAGCUGACGGAGUACAACCUGAUUGGUUCCCUGUACAACGAAUCCAUCAGGGUCUCCAAUGGAUCCUACAUGACCCACGGUUCUCUGGAGGGCAACUACAGCAUCAUUAGCUUCACUGUCUUGCUGACCCGAGAAGUGGGCUACUACGUGAUUGACUACUUUUUACCCUCGAUCAUGAUAGUGACCAUCUCGUGGGUGUCCUUCUGGCUGCAAGCAGAUCAAACUCCGGCUAGAACCACCCUGGGUUGCACCACUCUGCUGUCCUUUAUCACUCUGUCCCUAUCCCAGGAGAACGAUCUGAUGAAGGUGAGCUAUGUGACCAUGUCGGAGGUGUGGUUCCUAGUCUGCACCAUCUUUAUUUUCGGCAGCCUAGUGGAGUUCGCCUUUGUGAACACCAUUUGGAGGAGGAACAAUGAUCUGCAGCUGAAAAAGCGAACCACCAAGUACAUUGUCAAGUCCACUUUUGUGCCGAAUCUAAAGAAGCAUCGUCGACAUGGUUAUCGAAGGACCGAUAGCACCAUGAGUACCAUGAGCACCGCCAGCAUGGACAGGUCCUGUGGCCCCAACAACACAGUGAUCACCAUAGAGACCCCUAUCAUUAUAGGAGGCAGUCUCAGUCGCGAGGAUUCAGCCAUCAGUCUCGACGAGCAAGAUGGGACCUCCACUUCGUCGUCCGGUGAUUCCACCAAGGAGAAGCCCGCCCAGACCUUCGCCACCAUGACGCCCAAGGAGGUGUCCCUGUGGAUCGACCGAAAGAUGCGCUUCGUCUUUCCCCUGUCCUUCAUCGUCUUCAAUGCCCUUUUCUGGACCCUGGUCUACUGCCUUUGAGGAUCCUUGAAUAUCAGACAGAGAGAGAGCCAUUCUGUGAUCCUGGAGCAUCCUCACCCUUGCCUCAUUAGCCUUAGUUGCCGAAGGUAUGAUGACACUUGCUUAAAAUUCGGCCACCUGACUAAAUUUGCUUUAGCCACUUAUAUCAUGUGAAAACCCUGUGUAUUGCAAUAAAUAUAUUCAAGCUGUUUUCAGCCGAAUUUUAAGCAAGUGUUGUAUGCCCUUGGUCCACAAA